CGUUGAUACGAUAACAUUAAAACUUUGUUGCUGUAGCAGCAUCCUGAUCAAAAUAUAAAGGUUUUAUUGGCAGGAUACUCAUGGAGGAGACAGAAGUAAAUGCGUCGGAUGACUCUUCUUCAGAAGGUAGUAUACAGACUGAGCGAGCUGCAGAACCAACUAAAGUAGAUGACUUAUCUUCUGUAUCUGGUAGAAUUCCAUUAGAUAUUGUAAAUGGGGAAGGCAGUUCUCGGGAUCCACCACUUGAUGGUUUAAAAAUGAACUUGAAUCCAGAAGAUCUCAUUAAUAAUAAUAAAGGUGCAAUUGAACAAGGCCUUUUAACUGUUCGAAAAGUUGCAGAAAACUCAGAAGAUAAAUUUGCCUUGGUAAUUGGAAAACAGUCAUCGCCUACCAUGUCAUUUGAAGAUGGCAAAAUAUUAAUACACCAAGCAUCAUCUCGUAAACACACAGAAGAAGCUGAGGGAGAACACUUUAACACCAUAUCGGUAGAGAUGGACAAGGAUUCUGAUACUACUCUGUCCAUGGAAUCACAAAGGAGACAUAUUAUAGAGUCAUUUAAAGCUCCAGACUUCUUGGAAGAUCUACAUAAUGAUGUACACUUCUCAAACAGCAGUAAGGCAACCGUUAUAGAAGAUUAUAGAAUACAGGAUGAACCGAAAUCUGAUAAACCUAAAGCAGCAUCUAGUAUGGCUUGUCUUGAUCUUUUGGUAAAUGGGUCUUCCACCCAAGGAGAAGUAGCUGUCAGGAGCUUCUCGCCAGAUUUGGCAACCAAAGUCACCAAUAGGCGUCUACAAAAGAACCAAAGUGACAGUGAUUAUGAAAAAGUAAAGGGUAGAAAGUGGGAUGAGCCACUGCUUGGAAAGAGAUCUGUACUGAUUGAUGACAUUAGUCUUAUUUCAGAGGAGUUAGACCCCGUUAUGGAAGAAAAUAUUUUUGAUGACGAGGAAGGCAAUGAUGGAGAUAACCUUGAUCAUUUCAUACAUUAUCGGAGUUCAGACGAUAGACUUGACCCAAGGAAGGAAAGGCAUCAAUAUGUGUCAGAUAAAUUGGACCCUGAUGUUUUACAGUUGCUUGAAAUGCAUCUCCGUAAACAGCAACUAGUGGACAUUAAGGAAGAAGGAGAAGAAGAACUAUUAGAUUUGCACAUAAAUAAAGAAAAAACACGCACGGACUCAUUCAAAGGUCUAAGGAAUAUUGCUCCAGUCUUAGAUAUAGUUUUGGAGGAACCUGAGCAAGAACAUUUAGGUGACACUUUUGAAGAAGACAGUAAACCACCUUCAGACAUAGAUUCGGAUGACAGCAGUAAUAUAUGUGCAUUGGAGAUGGGCCUUAUGGAAUCUCUACAAAACGAUCUAAUAAGUAAAACUAGCAAAAUAGAUAAAGAUGAAAUGGCUACAAUACUCCAAAAAGCAAGCCCUGAUCUUUUGUUAGAGCACAGUAACAAACCAAAUGCCGGUAGUGAGCAUAACGAUAAACCAAGGAACACGUGCAAUGUUAACAUUGAAACAAAAGAACAAUACACACAGGUACCAGAAAUAAGUGUGGCCAAUGAACUUCAAAUAAAUGUAUGUCACUUGGAUGAUAGAGACAGUAAAUCUGACAUAAUUCCAGAAAGGAAUCCAGAUGGACUUGUUGACACCGUAAACAUACAAUUAGAACAAAGCACUAAAAGUGCCUUAAAAUUAACCGAACAGACUGUCUUACCAGAUGACAAAAAUCUUAACUCAGAAACAGGUUGGAUGGAGGACGUUUUACCAUCUUGCAAACAGUCUAUUAACGGAAAGGUAAACCUUAGUUCGUAUGUACCUCACAGUAAAACCCAUCAACCUGAUCACAUCUCAGUUGGUGUCGAUAUGGGUUGUAAUCCACAUCAACGGGAUCCACGUGCGGAAAAAGAAUCCAAUGUAUCAGAUUUAUCAAGAACUGCAUCUGAGGAUCUUGGAAAGAUGAAAGGCGCUACGUGUGCUGACGGAUCAUGCCUACUUAAUAAGGACAAUGUGAAAUUGCCCAGCGGCUCUCAGCCCUAUGUUGUAGAUGAUAAAGAGGAAGUGUCUAUUCUGAACAGUGGCAACAAUUUAUCUGAUCAGUUUCCAUGCAAAGAUAGUGACUUUGACUCUGAAAAUCCCUCCUUAGCAUUACAAGGCGGUGUAAAAGGAUCUUUAGGAAUUGCGAAAACAAGUUCUACAGAUGAUCAUGCACAUGUGAAGGUACAAGCGAAGCCCAGUGUCGAAAAUGAUCCAUCUGGAGAGACAUUAGACGUCCACGAUGAAGGUGACACACUACACAUAGACCUGGAGAAGAAGAUAUUGUCUCUGUUGGAGAAAGCACAUGCGGCAGAUUGCAGGUCUUCACAUCUGCAAGUCGAAGCAGAACACUUAUGGAAGGAAAGCCUGAAGCUAAGGAAUGAGUGUCAAUCUCUUACCAAGGAAGCAGCUGAACUCUUGUCUGUAUUCAGCCAGCAGCGUGUAGGACACAGGCAUAGAGUGGAACAAAGUGCAGAUAAACAUGCGCAAGAAGUACGAGGACGCGGUCCAAAUAACACUAAACAGAGGAAAAAGGAGGCGCUAAACUUCAGCAUUAACGCUAAUACUGAACAAGUCAACUCCAAGAGGCUAAAGGGAGAAGACCAGAUCCAACAGUUGUGUAAAAAGUAUAAUUUUCUGAGACAGGAGGCACCUGAGGUAAUGAGGGAGCUGAAUUCCUUGCAGGAAGAACUGAAGAGCCUCCCCCAGCUACAGAGCAAGCCCGUGCGUAUACUAUACAACAUGCUGUGGGGUGGCCUGAUUACUGGCGGUGCGAUGUUACUUGCCUGGUGGAGUACGAAACAGUUGGGCUGACUCUACGUUCCGGGUGCCUUCUCCACUCAACCCUAGACCAUUCCAAGGAGAACACAAGGCCCAUUAAAAGAUAUGCGGAAUUUGAAGUGAGAUUUAGAUUAUUUUUCAUGCCACUGCCUGGUGAAAUGCAUUAAAAAGAUUACUUACACAUGUAACUGUGCACAAUGCCUUCACUUUUAUCAGCCAAAGAAGAUGGCCUUGACUUUCUUUAGGUACCAAGGAGAACAUGCAUGGACGUUAUUGCUGGCUGCCAAGAAGGAUUUUGCUAGCCUUUGCAAAAAGCAAAGUUUUAAUGGACAAAUCCAACAGGACUCUGGGGCAUCUUGCCCAGAAGAGGAGCAUGAAGCACGCACAUACCAAGUCCGACCAACCGGUACAAAAGGGGAAACCGUAUGGGUUAUAUUCACUGAAUGGGGAAUUGUGCUAAAUUGAUCGAAACAAAUUGCAAACUAUAUUUAAAA